AUGAGUGAAGCAUGGGUGACACUGGCGACAUCAGAUGGAUAUGCUAUUGGAGCACUUGUUUUAGCUCAUUCGUUGAAAAUUCAACAAACUACUAAGAAGCUACAUUGUAUGAUAACAAAUGGUGUAUCACAACAACUUAGGGAUGAGCUUGCUGCAACAUUUGAUAGUAUUAAUUUGGUGAAUAUUUUGGAUAGCAACGAUACAGCAAAUUUACAUUUAAUUGGCAGACCUGAUUUGGGUGUAACUUUUACUAAAAUACAUUGCUGGAGGCUUACACAAUACACUAAAUGUAUUUUUCUCGACGCUGAUUGCCUUGUUAUUCAAAAUGCUGAUGAAUUAUUCGAUCAUGAUGAAUUAUCUGCUGUAGCAGAUAUUGGUUGGCCGGAUUGCUUUAAUUCAGGUGUUUUCGUUUAUAAGCCAUCUGAACAGACAUAUUUGGACAUUUUAAAUUUUGCCCUUGAACAUGGCUCCUUUGAUGGUGGUGACCAAGGUCUAUUGAAUCAAUUUUUCAAAGGUUGGCGAGAUAAACCACCAGCUUUUCGAUUACCUUUCAUUUACAAUAUGACCUCUGGUGCAAUUUAUACUUAUGCUGCUGCUUUUAAAAAGUACGGUGCCCAGGUGAAAAUUGUACACUUUCUGGGUCCAGUGAAGCCAUGGCAACAGUCAACGGAUAGUGUCCAUUACUCCGAGCAUCUUGACUACUGGUGGUCAUUGUUUAAAAGUCGACUGACCUCGAAUCUCGUCACAUCACAUGUGAGUUCGUCACAUUCUUCACCAUCAUCUCAACGUGUCACAAAGAUAGUCACCACCGCACCAUCAUUGUCCUCAACUACUAUUUUCACAACAACAACUACUACUACUACAACAACUACUACUGCUGCUACUACUACUGCUACUGCUGUUACUGUCACCAUUCCCUUUACUUCUGGAAAGGACACUAGUAAAUAUGGCCGAAGGAGUCAGUCAGCAAUUUUGUCACAUAACGGUGACCCACCUAAUCCUCUCUGCAUGCCAGUUUUCCGUUGUGUACCGCCAGUUUAUGGGGCAUGGAGACCAUUGCGCCAUCCACCCACUCAUCUCGCCAAGCAGAUGACACUUUUCUCACUUAUACCUGGUGUUUCGUUUGAUCAGUCAUCACCACCAACCGAUGAAGAGCGUAUGCGUGCUUGGGAAGUGGGUCAUCCUGAUUACCUUGGAGCUGAUGCUUACAGUAACAUUCAAAAAGCUAUCGAUCAUGCAUUAGAAUAA